CCACUUCUGUAAACCUUCGCCCGAGAAAUUCCUCCCAAAGUCUCCUACUUUUUUUACUUUUUGCAUGGCAAGAUCAAUAAUCAAUUCAAAUAAAUACUACUAAUUUUUUCUAAAGUUUCAAACUUUGAUCGCUUUUGCUUCUCAAAAAGCUGCAAAUGAGUACACACUUUAAACCCACACUCUUAUUUCUUCCCAACUAAUGGCCUUUUCGAUCUCCCUUCUAUUUCCCUCUCACCAUACGGCGCUGUUUCCCACUUCUCUAUCUGAAUGGGUUACCUCUCUUCUUGCAAUGCUGAGUCCGCCAUUGCUGUCUGCGACCCUUACAACUGUGGUUUUCAUCGCAGAAAGAAACCCCACAAAACCAAAAACAAUGGCGCAAUCAGGGAGUUUGCUUACGCUGAUCUCGUUUCCGCUACCAGUGGUUUCUCUUCCGGCAAGUUCCUCGGUAAAGGGAGUCACGGAUCUGUCUACAGAGCUGUUCUCGAUAAUGGCAAGUUAGUCGCCGCUGUUAAAAAAACGAAGAUGAACUGUAACAUUCCGGCGGACAACGAGAUUGAGAUUCUCUCCCGAGUUUAUCAUCCUCGUCUCGUCAAUCUCAUUGGCUACAGCUCCGAUACCCUUUGUGAGAAUCAAUUCAUCGUCGUGGAAUAUAUGCCGAACGGUUCUCUAUACGAUCUUUUACAUUCUGCUUCUUAUAAAUCGCCAGGUUGGCACAUGCGCGUUCGGUUCGCUUUACAGGUUGCGAAAGCGGUUCGGGCUUUACAUUCGAGUAACCCGCCGGUGAUCCACAGGGAUAUAAAAUCCUCCAAUGUUUUGAUCGAUCAAAACUGGAACGCCAGGUUGGGUGAUUUCGGGCUUGCUUUAAGAGGACACGUGGAGGAUGUACGGUUCAACUGUACGCCACCGGCGGGGACAUUAGGGUACCUCGACCCGGCUUAUUUGGAGCCGGCUGACGUCAGCACUAAAAGUGACGUAUUCAGCUACGGCAUUUUGUUACUGGAGAUUAUUAGCGGAAGACGUGCCAUUGACAUGAAUCAUAGUCCGUCGUCCGUCGUUGACUGGGCGGUUCCGCUGAUCGGGGCCGGAGAUUUCGCCGCGAUUUGUGACGUCCGCGUCGGUUCUCCGAAGGAUAAGGAGGUGGUGAGGAGUUUGACGGCGUUGGCUGCUAGGUGCGUGAGGUCCGAUGCGGGGGAACGCCCCGGGAUAGUCGAGGUGGUAGAGUGUUUGACGGCGGUGAGGAAGAGUUUUCAUGCGAGACCUGUUUGGAGUAAUGGAUGGCGGUGCGUGAAAGGCGUGGAUAAGUCAUUGGUGAGGAACAGCCGAAAAGUAUCGAGUGUGACGAGUGUAGUCGAUCACGACGUUGAAGCUACCAGUGAUGGGAUGGCGAGAACCAAAUUGAUCACGGAGGCAUCAGCGGCGUCGGUGGUGGUAGACACGGGCCCCGAUGAGAUCGAGUUGGACGAUGAUCACAUGGCGUUGGUAAGAGGAAACCGUGGAGUAGAGACGAAAACGCCAUUAAUGAAGCUGAGGAAGUCGAGAUCCAUGGGAUUUCUGCAAAGUCCGAGACCAAUGAACCAAAACAGCAAAAAUUACGUAUCUGGAAUCGUGAAACGAAGGAAUUUGAGUGAAUUCGAUAUGUCAAAAUUGGGUAUUGGAUUUGAUGAUGAGAAAUCCGAAAGAAAAACAUCGGAAAAGGCAUUAGUUUUGUCUCAGAUUAACGUUUGAAAAACAGAAAUAUGGACGUGCUGCUGUUUGAUUUCAUAGAAAAUAAGGAAAACUACAAAAAGGCGCUGCUAUGGCUAUUAUUUCAUGCUUCCCGGCUUGAAACUGAAAUUGCAAACUUUGAAUAAUAUGAUCUUAAUUAUGGUUAACGAGAUAAA